AUGACCGACACGAUGGAAGCCAUCGCCUCUGCUUGUUCUAUCACAAACAGCUCGGCUGAAUGCUAUACUGCUUCGUGGUACCUUAUUUGGGGUCAAGUACGUUACUGGCUGCUUAUACAAGUGCCUAUUGUUGUCCUCUCCAUUGUCUACGAGUGGCUCGAGCUUGCCUCGCUCAAAUACGUCGAGCGGCUCCGAAAAUUUUGUGAUUCUCCACUCACGAACGUUGUGAACUACCUUGUACAAAUUGUCACGAGUUUCUAUGUCUGCAUCAAUUGGAUCGUACGUGGUGGUUUAUUGAGUGUGAUUUUCUCGUCGUGGUCGAUUGAAUCAUUGUUCUUAAUCGCUACGGGUGCAGGGUACGGGAUUCGCUGGCUAGCGGCUAAAAACAAAGUAACGUUCGUGCUGCAGCUGCACAAUUUGUUCGACUUGCUGUCGGUAGUGGCUCAUUUUGCGAUUUCAUUUCAGACGAUUGUGGCGGGGAACAAACACCUUCGAUCGUGGUUGGAUUUUGGCUUUAUUCGGUCCUAUGUAGGAUAUGUGGUCGUGGAUCAUUUGUUCACGCGAUACCCAAACAAAACAUUCUUCUCGCAAGUUCUGCUUAUGGUAUUCAAGACAUUUUGUCUUGUCUUCUUUUUUGCUGCCAUGCUCUUCUCACUCGAACAGCUUGGAGAGUUACCACAUACCAGCAGUUUUCUACUUCAUGUGUAUGAAUGCAGCAAUGAGGACAGAACGGAGACGAUUCUUAGUGCGACAAAUGAAGGCACGAACGAGUAUUCGAACUGUAACGAAACGUGGAGCUUUUUCUCUUCCAUAUACUUCAUGUUUGUGACGGUAUCAACUGUGGGUUACGGUGAUUUCUCGCCUCAAACGGUGCUAGGACAGCUUACAGUUUGUAUGAUUAUUGUGUUUGGUAUUUACACGUUUGCAAACGAGUCGGCUGCUUUCAUGAAUCUUUAUGGAGACCAACGCGGAACAUUAGUAAAGUACAAGAUUUCGAGGAAUACAGUGCACGUGAUUGUGACAGGUAAUCCGUCCGUUUCGCAGACGAAAGACUUUAUUCGCGAGUUUUUUCACCCCGAUCACGAGGAUGCAUUCCAAUGCCAUGAGAGCGACAAUCAAGGACAUAAGACAGCUACUGGUCAGAGUUUUGCUGCAUCCUCUAUUUUGCGUCCUGAAAGCUUAUGUAGAAACGAUACCUACACUGCCAUGGAGGAAGGAAAAGCAAUUGGAAAGAAUGACAAUAAAAAGCGCAAUACUAAGCCACUUGUUUCAAGAUGGAUACAUCGUGGCGGAAGCUUGAUUCGAGAAACACAUAUUGUAGUGCUCAUGCAGUAUGAUAAAGCAGGAAAAAAUGCUUCAUACCAGCGAAAGGUGAAAAAAUAUGUGGAGCAGAACCCUCUAUAUCAUAAGCGCGUGUUUCUUGUACACGGGUCUCCUUUAAUAGAAACGGACUUGAAGAAUGCACAGCUUGAUCGAGCAAUGGCUGUAUUCUUUCUUCCCAACAAAUAUGCCGACGAUGAAAACAAGGAAGAUGCAGCUACGGUGCUGCGUGUUCUAUCGGUGUUUCAGCACAAACAAGAACACACGCAGUUAUUUGCCAUGCUGACCAACUCCGACAACCGUACGCUUCUCGAGGCCGCAGGGAUAAGCAAGGAAAAUUUGGUUUGUGCCGAUGAAAUUCGACUGGGCUUAAUGGGCCUCAGUUGCCGCUGCCCAGGUCUCUCCACCGUCGUUUCAAAUUUGAUUACAAGUCGGAGCGGAGAUUUUUCUGAUGUUGCUCCGAAUAAGGCUGACCUGCUGAAACCCUGGGUGUCCGAGUACAUAUCUGGCGCUGCCAAUGAGAUCUACUCGUGCUGCCUGACGACGCAUUUCCAUGGCAUGAAUUUCAUUCAGGCAACAGUGCUUAUCCACCGUCAGUCGAAUGGUUUGGUACUUCUGAUCGCGGUUGAGUCGGAUGGCAAGAUUGCGUUCAAUCCUGGUCGCUGGUAUCUACUUGCACCAAGCACAACGGCCUAUCUGAUAGCUGAAUCCAUUUCUUCUCUCAAGCCUUUUGCCGGUACACCAACAAUAAGCAGUAUUGCCGCCUUGUCCUUGAACGAGGCAUUUGUACAUAGUCGCGGUAACUUGUUGAGCCGAGUGCGUCAAGCGCAACACACUGUUGAAAGAAGAAUUCCCAAGGAAAUUCGAGAGCACAUUAUGCGUUGUGCCGCUAAUGAUUAUCCAUCUCGGAUCCCGACUUCACCAUCUCGAGAAGUGCUUGCUGGUGGUGGCCACAUUGUCGUUUGCUGUAAUAUUGGCAACGAGAGUGGAGGACAGCGGUCCGUGUCUCGUUUAGUGAAUUUUUUGCGACCGGUUCGAGCUCCACAUAUUGAGCGGAUUGUCCCCGUCAUUAUUGUAGACGCUGGCACUUUUGACACUGUGGCAUGGCUUCAGCUGGAAAACUUCGGUGAGGUGUAUCAUGUGCAUGGAUCACCUCAGAACCACCAUGUUCUUUCUGCUGCUGGUAUUUAUACAGCCUCUUCGAUUGUCGUGCUGGCGCAAGGCAAUGAAGCGGGAUAUGAUGAUUCGAAGGCAAUUUUUAACGCCAUCUUGAUAAACACUGCACUGCAGUGCAACCAGAUCUUCACAAUUAUUGAGCUUCGAGAUGUCAACAACAACCGGUUCUUGGACCCCAUAUCUGGUUUCAGUUUAUCGCGCAAUUUCUAUAGGCGUGGACUUUUGGAGGCCAUCGAUGACGAAUACGAUACCAAAUCGAGAUUUUUUAGCUACCAUGGUCCACUGUUGUCUACAUUGCGCGAGGAUGUCCAAUGUACACGAACUUCGACUGUUAUGGCAAAAAGGAAUUGGGUCCAGCGCAAAUUUUUGGUGGCAAAGUACGCUUGUGCCGCAGUGCAGACAUUUUUUCUUGGUAGUUUGAAAACCGCAGCACAACAAGUAAGUACGUACGGAGCCGAAUCAGACAGCGCAACAAUCGAGAAGCUUUUUAACGGUGACAAUAGCGAGACCUUUUUCCAAGAGCGGUUCAUGAAUGGCGCGUUGUUUCCCUCUUCCGUUGCGGACGACUUGCUGAUUCAAAGUUUCUUUAAUCCGUCGCUGAAUACGUUUAUUCGGAAAAUACUUGAUGGCAAAAGCUGCUUCGUACUAUAUGAUGUCCCGAAAGAACUUCGUGGACGGCAACUGUUGUAUGGAGAGCUCUUUGAAUACAUGACGUCGGGAGUGGCACACGCGCUUCCGAUCGGUUUACUGCGGGCAAAAGGUGGACCUGGAGGUGCUCCGUACCCUUACGUAUACACAUGUCCGUCCGCCGAUAAGGUCGUGUACGCGGGCGACAAGAUUUUCGUGUUGAUUAAUGUUAUGGCUAUUAACCUUCUUGCAGACAAGCUGCAACGUUGCUUCCGAAACCGCACCAAGCCGUCUACAACUUUGGCAGACUUGGUAGAUACGAUUAGUUGGCCAUUGCAAUGA